AUGGUGGUAUCAAUAUGGAAGAUUUUGGGAAUUGCUCACGACCUCUGGACUUAUUGUCGAUCCAAGCAUAACCACAGGUCGCUGAUCAAUUGGAUGUCAAAAGAAUUGGGGCUGAGCAUCAAGCUGCGCUCAGAUGCGUUAUUAACCGCAAAAAUAUUCUUCAAGAUCAAACAACAAUUCUUUGAUGAGCAGAAGCUUCACUACAAGUAUGUGGGCACAUGGCGGGUCUUGGAGAAUCACGAACAGUUGGUGUCACCUCUCGCAGUCAGAAAUGACCCUACCAUCCCUCGUAAAGGAGGCCGACGUCAAGGUGCGAUCCUUGUUAGAUGCCUCCCGAAGUACACACAAUCUAGAAAAGGAAGAAAAAGAAAGGAAAAGGAUAUCGACGAGAUUCACGACGAUCUUAAACCAAAAAAAGCGACCAAAUUAUUAAAUCAGGAGGUCGAUCUCGAUCUGCCCGGGAGAAGGACAAUUUUACUGCAUAGAAUGCGUGCGACAUUUUGC